AUGAAACUAAUUGUACAAGAUCUUUUUACCUAUUUGCCUGAUGAAAUUCUUGCCUGCAUUGUAUCUUUUCUACCAAAUGAAUAUUCACUUCAAACAAGUCUCAUAUCUACUAGGUGGAGAAACUUAUGGAAUCAAAUUCUUGUUAAACAUGGAACCAUUGAAGAUAUCACUACUGCUGUUGCUCAAUUUCUAACCAAUUUUGAUGAGUUUGAUCCAUUAAAGCAACCGCGCAAGCUUCAAUUUCACUUUGAUGAUAACAAUUUACUCUCUGCAGCUAUUGCAACUAAUAGUAAGCUUCUUCUUGAUUUCUCUUUUCUGAACAAAAAACUUGAAAGAGAAUAUGGACUAGAGUUCAGGCUCAAUAAUCUUGUUCCUCCUUCCACUUUCUUAGUCAAAAGUCUCACUUUGAAAUCAAUAAGCUAUUUGACAAGUGAAGUAGCUUCUUCCAUUGUUUCAAAUUUGGUGCAUCUUGAAACCUUGAUGAUCACUGAUUGUUCUGGAUUGAAGUCUCUGUUCAUUGAAUCUGAAACAAAGCUUCAUAAGUUAACUAUCUUAGAUUGCUUGCAGUUGAAGUCUCUUCAUCUUAGAACUUCUAAACUUAAAUCAUUUCGAUACCGCGGACCUCUUCCUCGGAUUUGCCCAGAAUCUCAUUUCAACUUAAGUCAUGCCAACCUUGAUUUCAGACAAGGCCUAAGCUGCAGUGACUUGAAGUCUCAAGAUUUUGAUGAAACACUGUUAACUAUAAAGAAUUCUGAAAUUCUUACUUUAUGUCAAUGGACUUUUGAGGAACUAAUAUGGCCAUCAAUUUCUCCUUUAAGUGGAAGUUUUAUAUUCUAUAAAUUAAGAGAGUUAUGGUGGAUUGAAAGCCAUGAAAAUAAAAACAGCAUCAAUUCCUUAGUAUCCUUCUUGAAAUUAUGCCCAGCUUUGGAGCAACUUUUUGUAAUGAUCGAUCCUAAAAGCUAUUCAGCUCCAAGGUCCAAUUCAGGCUUAAUGCAAGAAACUAAAGAUAUAGAAUUGAAGCAACUAAAAUUGAUCAAAUUGAUGGGAUUCACAAAUUCAAUGAAUGAAAUUUCAGUGGCAAAAAAGUUAAUUCAUCUAGUGAAAGGAAAGCCUCCAAAGAUAGAGACAUCGUGUGGGAGUUAUUUGGAUGGAAUGUCUAGUAUAUGCAGUGAUUUUUAA